AUGAAACAAGAAUCGGGAGAAAAAUUUGAAAAAUUUCUAAUUCGAUUAAGAAAACAGGCUGAUAAAUGUUGUUUUGCAAAUAAAGAAGAAAGCAUGAUCGAUCAAAUUACAGAAAAAUGUUACUCUAGCGAGCUUCGUAAAAAAAUUUUAAAAGGAGGUGACAAAAUGGCAUUAGAAGACAUCAUAAUAGAAGCCAAUACCCUAGAAAGUGUGAACAGAGAGAUGGAAGAAUUUACUCACAACCCCGCAUGUAAUAGCAGCACCGUAAAUAAAAUUGAAACCAGAAGGAAAAUGUCUAACAAAUCGUGUACUAGGUGUGGGAGCUUUAAGCAUAUGCCUCAAUCAAUGGAAUGUCCCGCAAGGAAAAUUAAAUGCCAUAAAUGCGGUAUAACGGGGCACUUUCGAAAGUACUGUUUGACAGUAAGGCCACUUAAAAGACAAUUUUUGAGUUCAAAAGACCCUACCCCCACCAAAAAAUCAAGGACGGAGGAAAAAGAAGAAAUCGAUUAUGUUUUUCAUGUAGAUGACGACACUACUAUUAAUUGUUGGGUUGAUGGUGUCAAGACGUCAUUAUUGAUCGAUUCUGGAUGUAAAUGUAAUUUGAUAACAGAUGUUACAUGGAGAAAACUAAAAACAAAUAAAAUAAAUGUUUUUUAA